GCAAAGCGACCAGGUUCGCAUUGCCAAAGCCUUCAUCUCGCGCCUGAAGGAGAUGGGCGCCUUCUGCCGGGAGAUUGCCGCAUGGAAAGCAGUGGGAACGGGCUUCGGCCAGCUCGUGGGAGAGGAGGCCAAAGCACCUCGUGGACGUCCUGGACGUUCGGGGAGAGGAGGGAGGAGAUCCCAAACCACCAGGAUGAAGACCCCCGCUUCGAUGGUAGCGGCCCGAGACACAUUUGUCGUUCUCUACACUCCCGAGCAAGACGGCGUUCGUGACACAGAGCUCCGGAAGGCCCUUCGGGUGACAGUGUGGGCAAAGCACCCGCUGCUUCUGGCAUCCAAGGACGGUCUGGGUGGAACCUCGGUGCAGGACUGCUGCCUGAAUGGAUUCGAGGCAGUGGAGUGGAUGUUAGCUGAGCCGAAGAGUCAGCGUGAUGAACAGCGCCUGGAGCAUGUGCUCUUGCUGCUGAGGAGUGAUUCUACACACUGGGACAUCUGUGCAGCCGCAGAGCGCUUUGCGGCAACGCGGGGGCUCCCAGGGCAGCCCAUCUUCAGCUACGACUCUGACUACACCUUCAGCUUAUUGGAGCCAGUUUUCAGAGACCUCUGUCGCGGCGCAGACUACGAGAGGCUCUGCGAAGAGCUCAUGCGCUUGUGUGAUAGCAUCACCCGUGAGUGCAGCGGCUUGACCUUUGCGCAAUUGGGCCUCAAGGGUGAUUCAGAGAAUGAGUUGCGGAAGGGCUGGGUGCAUUUUGUUCGCCUGGUCUGCCUGCGUGAUUAUGAAUGGGAAAAUGUGAUGAAGCGGUUGUCAGAGCCCGCAGAUGCCGCAAACGAGUUCUCUCAAAAGGGAGCAGUGGCAAAGAUGGUGCAGAAAGCCAUCCGUGACAAGCUUUUGGUCCCGCUUCAACUCUGGGAAUACUUGCUCAGAGUCUCUUCCGGGGCAGCGAGUCCUGUAAAGAAGGUGGGAUAUGUUUGA